GUUAUAUAGAGCCAUAGAGGCAUGCACAUACACAUCAAAAUCAUCCAAUUAAUUAAGGCUUUUUCAUAAGUUUAUUUCCAAUUUUCAAAAUGGCAAUAACAUUGUCAAAUUUUGUUCCCUUAACUAGUAAAACACUCAUUUUGGUCAUGGUACUAGUUGUUGGUGUUAUUGUGAAUGGAAGUGAAGCAAGGCCUAACAAUAACAACAACAAUAGGCCAAAGGCAUUCUUUGUUUUUGGAGACUCACUUGUUGACAGUGGAAACAACAAUUACUUGGCUACCACUGCACGCGCUGAUGCUCCUCCUUAUGGAAUUGAUUACCCAACUCGUAGACCAACUGGAAGAUUCUCCAAUGGAUACAAUAUUCCUGAUCUUAUCAGUCAGCGAAUUGGUUCACCCGAGUCACCUUUGCCAUACUUGAGCCCGGAACUAAACGGGCAGAGGCUUCUAGUUGGCGCCAACUUCGCCUCCGCCGGAAUCGGAAUCCUUAAUGACACCGGAAUUCAGUUUGUAAACAUAAUCAGAAUGUACCAGCAGCUAGAGUAUUUCAGAGAAUACCAAAGACGUGUGAGUGGGGUGAUAGGAGCAACAGGGACAAAAGCACUGGUCAACCAAGCACUGGUUCUCAUAACCGUUGGAGGCAAUGAUUUUGUUAACAACUACUACUUGGUUCCCUAUUCUGCAAGAUCUCGCCAGUAUCCACUUCCUCAAUAUGUCAAGUACCUUAUCUCCGAGUACCAGAAGCUUUUGCAGAGACUCUAUGAUUUGGGAGCCCGGAGAGUUCUUGUGACAGGGACGGGUCCAUUGGGUUGUGUUCCUUCGGAAUUGGCACAGCGUGGUAGAAAUGGUCAAUGUGCCACUGAUCUGCAACGUGCUGCUUCCUUGUUCAACCCUCAACUUGAAUCCAUGCUUCAACAACUCAAUCGCAAACUCGGAAGGGAUGUUUUCAUUGCUGUUAAUACUGCACAAAUGCAUAAUAACUUCGUUAGCAACCCCGCCCAAUUUGGAUUUGUUACAUCAAAAGUAGCAUGCUGUGGGCAAGGACCUUAUAAUGGGAUUGGAUUAUGCACCCCACUCUCAAACUUAUGCCCAAACAGAAACUUAUAUGCAUUUUGGGAUGCUUUUCAUCCAUCUGAAAAGGCUAAUAGGCUUAUUGUGGAGGAGAUUGUGUCAGGUUCAACAACUUACAUGAAACCAAUGAACCUCAGUACUAUCUUGGCUUUGGAUGCUACCACAUGAAAGGCACAAAAAAAUUAAAUCACAAAUCAAAUAAGUCCAAGUGCUAUCUUAGUUUAUUUGUUGUCCCUUGUUCUUGGAUACUAUAGCUUAUAAUUUUGGCUAUUUUAUGUUGCUUUUUUGGGUAUCAUUGUAACUGUGAUAUUAAUAUUAUAACUCCUAAGGUAGUUAUUGUGUUAUAUAUUAUGUACCGGAAAUAAAAGGUUUUAGAACCUUUUCAAUUGUCUAAAUACAAAUUAGUUUAUUGUGUUAAA